AAAAUUUGCCCAUUAUUGCUCACUCUCAAAAGUUCUUCUUCUUCCUUUUAUAUCAGAAAAACCAGAAAAUCCCUAAUUUUAUCAAUCUCCAUUUCCAAUCAAGAAUCUAACAAAAAUGCCGGAAGCAAGGGAUAGAUUGUCGAGAGCGGUGGACUUUGCUACAGUAUUUGCUCAAAGACGGUCCGAUAUUCUUAGAGUAUACGACGAUCAAGAAGCAGAUCUGUUUGGAUCUCCUCGAGCAGUGCUGAAUCGGCGUAACUCAGUGACUCGUUUAAGUCCUGGUACAGGCCGAGUUGCUGGAAGAGGCGUUCUCGGAACUCCAAGAACUCCGAGUACUGGUCGUGGACUGGAAAAUAGUGCAUUUAGGCGUGGAAAUGGACGGGGAGGGGGGCGCGUAUCGAAUAGUGUGUUACCUUCUUGGUACCCUAGGAGACCUCUCCGUGAUAUAACUGCUAUUGUUAGGGCUAUUGAAAGAAGAAGAGAACGUUUGGGAGGAAGCAGGGUCCAAGAAACUGAGAGCCCAGCACCCCACGCUCAUGGGGUUCCUGACUCUUCUGAACCAUCACCAGUGGCUCAUCUCGAGCACAGUAAAAUCUUUAUGUCUCCAUUUCCAAAUGUUGAAUUCAAGCGGUGUCCUCCUCCUGUAGGAAAGGUGCAGAAAAUCCUGUUUGAUAUAACAAAUCAACCCUCUGAUGAUUCAGAUUUCCUUACACCUCAGAAAAAGCUUCUGAACUCAAUCGACACAGUUGAGAAAGAGGUGAUGGAAGAACUGCGGAAACUGAAGAGGACUGCAAGUGCUAAAAGAGCAGAAAGGGAGAAAAAAGUCAGAACUCUUAUGUCACUGAGGUAACUUCUAAUCAUCUUGGGAUGAUAGGUUUGAUUUCUACAGCUUAGGAAUAGGAAGGCAGAGCGGCCCUUUACGACGUAACUGUGCUGUGUGAGGUUUAUCAUCUACUGGUGAUAUGUUUGGGAUUGAUCAUCUUCUGAUGAUACAUAUAGAGGGGUUCAGAUUUAUCAUCUUCUGGUGAUAUUUUUUUGAGGAGUCAUGAACUCCGAUUAGUUGAGGGCUCUCAACUUCUUGAUUUUAUAUUUUAGUGGGUUGCUUUUCACCUUCUUGCUGAAGGGUAUGGGUGACUGUAGUAUGAGUAGUAGUUUCUUCUAGGAACUAGGUGUAGGCAAUCUUGAUAUCAGUAGUGUUUUCCUUCAUUCUCUUGAAGGGUUUUUACUUGUUUCCUUCAUUUUAAUGAUGUACAUAAUGUCUAAGAUCACAGCUUCUAAUCUUGUAGUUCUUUUCUUGAGUUUCUGCCUAUGUGAUUUGUUAUGUUACAUUUUCAAGAAUGGAAUGGAUUCAGUGCAUUUCGA